GUGAUCAGCUGUCCCGGCGGCAUGGUCGCAUGCGCCUGGCAAACUCCACUGCGGUGAUGAAAUGCUUCGCGGGGGUUUCUCUGACGCGCCGAUCAGGCCAGUUCGGGGCAGUGCUGCACGAGCAAAUCAUCACAGGAAGAGUCAAAGCACAGGACUGUCGUGUGCCCCCCUUACUCGGAGAAUCGUGUCAGCAGGGGGUGAUCGUCACCCAGCCGACACAGCGUCUUUUUCAUGAUAGUCACCCGGCGGCCCAGGACGGUCAGGCUCAGUAGGGCAUUGUCGGCAUCGCUCGAGCUUUUCAUGAAGGGAUCCAUGUCCGCCAGGAACGCCUUGAUGUCAUCCCCAAUCCGCCACAGCCCCUUGAUGGCAUUCACAUAGGCGCGAGUCGACUUCUCGAUGAAAUCAACGCACAGCUGUGUGGCCUCCUUGACACCCGCAUCGUGAGCAGGCACAGCAUCGAGCGGUGUCUGCUGGUCAGCCGAUGGAGAGAACGCCGAAAUCUCCCGCAUGAAGAGGGAGUGGUACUCGCUGUAAGCCGGGUCAGCCGCCUUGGAGGGCGGCAGGUCGACAGUGUUGGUACGGCCGGUCUCGUAGAGCGUCAGCUCGUCCAGCAAAGCCUCAAAGUAUGCAGGUGAGGUCUCCAGAUAGACAUGGCCGUCGGCAUCUCGCGGGAGGCCGUCAGCGAAGUGCAUCAGCAGGACAGAGAUGUAUCGCUGGCGCAUGAAGGGCAUCAGCAGGCCUCGGCGGCUCACUGGGUAGACGAAUCCACCUGAAGGAAGAACACAGGUCAGCGCACACACAACAGACCAAUGACAUCGAUAAAGUGGACUGCCAUUGUGUCUUGGCCUUCUCUCCCAGGGCCUGCGCUGCACAGUAUUACCCGCGUUGAUGAGCACCUCUCCGGAGGUCUCAGGUUGCUCCCACAAACCACUUCUGGCAGCCACUGAGGCCAUGAUUUCCUCUCCCAGCUGCUUGGCGCCCUCUCUGGCGUUGCUCUCGAGCUAACGCAUUCUGUCGAGGGAUUGGUCGCACUCGCAGAUGAGUCGUGCAACAGAUGAACGCCCUGGCAGCGACGCAGACAUCAUCACUCUGCCCACGGAAGCGGAGAUCUGUGGGGGAAAACAGGCGAAAU